CGCCACGCACUUGACCUUGAGUCAGAAUAGGGGGGAAAGCAAGAAUUGAGGAAUACAUGCCGAGCCGCUUCGGAGCGUGGCCUUCCCAACUGCUAUAAAUCGGGAGUGCUCCACUCUUGGAACGUAUCUCGACGGCCUCCUCUCUGGCAUUGAGAUUGAGCUAUUCCCCAAAGGUGUGAGACAGUGAAACCCAUCAACGAGCGACAAUGGAGAAAGAACUUGGGGUAGAGAAAGAGCUUGGAGCAUCUUACUCAGACUCAGACCGGCAGGAAGAAAUCCGGCAAGGAGAAAAAUCCUUCGAAGCCGUGGCCUUGGCUCCCGAUGCCCCGCCAGCAGCCACCUCGGACGAAACCGAAGAGCCGACGCCGGCGCCGGCGGCCAAUGGCGGAAUACCGGACGGUGGGACCCAAGCCUGGCUCCAAGUUCUUGGCAGCUGGGUGAUCCUAGUCAACACCUGGGGUCUUGUCAACAGCUUCGGCGUCUUCCAGACCUACUACGAGACGGAUCUGCUGAAGGCCAGCUCGUCGUCCAACAUCUCGUGGAUCGGAUCCGUGCAGGCGUCGCUGCUGAUGCUCGUGGGCGUCGUGUCGGGCCCGCUGUACGACGCCGGCUACUUCCGGCACCUGAUCGUGGCGGGCCUGGUGCUGAUCGUGUUCGGCCAGUUCAUGACAUCGCUGUGCACGCAGUACUGGCAGGUACUGCUGGCGCAGGGGUUCUGCAUGGGAAUUGGCAUGGGCCUCACCUUCCUGCCCAGCGCGGCGAUCCUGAGCCAGUACUUCUCGCGGCGGCGGGCCCUCGUCCUGGGCAUCAGCUCGAGCGGCAGCCCGCUGGCGGGCAUCGUCCUCCCCAUCAUCUUCAGCCGGCUCGAGCCCGUCGUCGGCUUCGGCUGGGCCACGCGCGUCAUCAGCUUUGUCCUGCUGGCCAUCAGCGCCGUGCCCGUGGUCUUUAUGCGCACGCGCGUGCCGCCGUCGGCGCGGGGUGCGAGGGCGCUGGUCGACUGGACGGCGCUGCGCGACGCGCCGUUCGUCGUCUUCGUGGCGGGCAACGUCUUCGCCUUCCUGGUGCUGUACGUGCCCUUCUUCUACACGCAGCUGUUCGCUGUCGACCACGCCAUCGCCGACCCGGGCUGGGCCCCCUACCUGGUCACGCUGCUCAACGCCGGCAGCGUGGUGGGCCGCAUCGUCCCAAACGCGCUUGCCGACCGCCUCGGCAGCCUCAACAUCAUGGCCUCUUGCACGGCCGCCAGCGCGGUGCUGGCGUUCGCGUGGCUGGGCAUCCACAACCUGGGCGGGCUCAUCGCCUUCGCGCUGCUCUACGGCGCCUUCUCCGGCGGCGUCGUCAGCCUUACCCCGAGCGUCGUCGUCGCGCUGUCGCCGGACAUGGGCCGCGUCGGCGCGCGCAUGGGCAUGAGCUUCCUGGCCACGGGUAUCUCGAUCCUCAUCGGUACGCCCAUCGCAGGGGCCAUCCUCGGCGACUUCUCCGAGUCGCGGUGGUUGGGCACCAUCGGCUAUGGCGCCGCUGGCCUCCUGCUGGCCGCGCUGCUGCAUGUGGCUGCGAGGUUCGUGUUGUAUAGGAAGAACGGGGUGUUAAGAGCGUGAGAGGCCAUGCUUAAUGUUUCAAGACGGCAACAAACAGCCUUUCCUUGUUUGCAUCGCGCGGAGUACCAUAUUUGCAUUUGCGGCUUGGGACUGGCAUUCGGCUGGAUAUACAUCAUGUUAUAGACAUAUCGGACCGGAUAGCCUGGUGAAGAUCAGAGUUGGGGAUGGAUAACUCUCAUAUGUAGUACUUAAUAGGUUUCUAAUUGCCACCCUGCUUUCAGACGUGCCUGGAACUUCAACCUCUGCUCUCUUAUAGUCGUGGAAACGCUCGCAUCAUGCCAACUCGACGCUAGAGAAUGAUAAUGAAGG